GGGCGUGGCCCAAGGGCCUCACCUGAGCGGGCGUGGCUCAGGACUUUGGCUGCCGCCGCCUGUCACUUCAUACUCAUGGGGCGCCGGUCCGGACAUGGCCCCCGCUUGUUACGGGCGCUGCGCGGUCUUCCUAGUGGCUGCGCUGGUGCUGGACGCGGCUGGGCUGGCCUUGGUGCUGGCGGGCGCCGUGGGGCAACCCGAGCUGGCCGGACACUCCUAUGAGGAUUUCCUAGUGCUGUCCGGGGCGCUGCUGCUCUUCCUGUCGCUGCUCUGCUGGCUGUUCUGGUAUUCGGGGAACCUGCGCGGGGUGCCGGACGAAGAGCUGCCUCUCGGGGUGCGCCCCAGCCCAGCCGCGACUCGGAGUCGCGCUAGCUUCCUUCGCCUGGCAGCCAAACUCUCCGAGCGCCUGUCCCAGCGCCGCCGCCGCUGGCUUGCGCCUGCGCCCUCUUUGCCUCGCGCGGGCGCUGCGGUAGCAGCCUCAGGCGGGCCGGCGGGCCCUCUGGAGCUUAGCAGCCCCCGCCCGGCUGCGCAUCCCGGGCAAGGGACGACGGCAGAGCGGCUGGUAUGAAACAUCCGGACAGAAGCCAGCUCAAGGUCAACGUGGGACUGCUGUAUGGAGGUUCCCAUGGUAGGUAAAUCAUGUUCCAGCUGCCUGGUGGAGCUGCUUUCUGUGCCACAACUGCUGGGAAAGCCUGGUUUUCUGUGACUGGUGUUAGUGUUUUGUCAAAGACUGUGCUGCCAAGCCAUUAUAUCUCCAUCUCUCUGAGUACUGUUUGCAUAAAAAAUAGCCUAUGGAGAAGAAGGAACAUACCUGCACAGUAGAGAUACACGCUGAACUCUGGGACAACUUGUCAUCCUAAAGAAUUGAAGAAUUCAUGAAGAAUUGCCAUAGGCAUGGCUCGUUUGUUGUAUAUAACACUGUAGAAUAGCUUCUCUGUCCAGUUGGGUCUGCCUUUUAAAAGCUGAGACUGUUGUUGAUCUACAAGUGCAAGUGAACAGGCAGUCUCCUUGGCAUCUCUUUUUGUAUGGACUUGAGUAUGAUGAAUGCGUUCAAAUGUGUGCUUGACAAGAAAAGUAAAAAUGAAAUACAGGACUUUUUAUAAUAAAGUAUUUUUUAUAUUUAAAAAA